UACAUCUCUCUCUCUCUCUCUCUCUCUCUCUCUCUCUCUCUCUCUCUCAGCCAUGGCAACAGCAUGGGAAACAAGCGUCACCGAUUCAAUCAACACUGUUUACCUCCUAUUCUCCGCAUAUCUCGUCUUUGUAAUGCAGCUUGGAUUUGCCAUGCUGUGUGCUGGCUCUGUCCGUGCAAAAAAUGCCAUGAACAUCAUGCUCACCAAUGUGGUCGACGCUGUCAUCGGCAGCAUCUCCUACUAUCUCUUCGGUUUCGCAUUCGCCUUUGGUAGUGGAUCUAAUUCCAAUCCCUUCAUAGGGACUACUUUCUUCGCCCUCAAAGACGUCCCCAACGACACAUACGACUACAGCUAUUUCCUCUACCAAUGGGCAUUUGCCAUUGCUGCCGCCGGAAUUACAAGCGGUUCGAUAGCGGAACGGACCCAAUUUAGCUCUUACCUUGUAUACUCAUCCUUCCUCACAGGCUUCGUGUACCCGGUGGUGGUGCAUUGGGUGUGGUCCUCCGCCGGUUGGCUGAGCACAAGCUACACAAACAGCUUGUUGUUUGGAUCUGGUGCCAUUGACUUUGCAGGGAGUGGUGUGGUGCACUUGGUGGGAGGUAUUGCAGGCCUCUGGGGAGCAUUCAUCGAGGGCCCACGAGUCGGGCGCUUCGAUGCAUUUGGCCAGCCCGUGCCAAUGCGUGGACAUAAUGCCACUCUAGUAGUCCUUGGCACUUUUUUGCUGUGGUUUGGAUGGUUUGGGUUCAACCCUGGCUCAUUCACUAAGAUCCUUGUUUCUUACCCUGAUGCUCCCUCAGAAGGAAAUUGGACCGGUGUGGGCCGAACCGCUGUGACCACAACGCUCGCGGGCUCGACCGCAGGCCUAGUGACGCUCUUCGGAAAACGUUUGCUGGUGGGGCAUUGGGACGCGUUGGAUGUGUGUAAUGGGCUCUUGGGGGGCUUCGUCGCGAUCACCUCAGGGUGUGCUGUGGUUGAACCAUGGGCGGCGAUCGUUUGCGGGUUCAUUGCAGCUUGGGUCUUGAUUGGGCUCAAUGUGGUUGCACUUAAGUUGAGGUUUGAUGAUCCAUUAGAAGCAACCCAAUUGCAUGGGGGAUGUGGUGCAUGGGGCCUUAUCUUCACAGGCUUGUUUGCUAAGGAGGAAUAUGUAGUUCAAGCGUACAAUUCUGGUGAGAAAGGCGUAAAUCGACCAUUUGGGCUGUUGAUGGGUGGUGGGUGGGGCCUGUUCGGGGCCCAAGCGGUCGAGAUUCUUGCUAUUGUGGGUUGGGUGAGUGUGACCAUGGGCCCUCUUUUCUAUCUUCUCCAUAAGCUUCGACUUCUGAGGAUACCACCAGAGGACGAGGUCGCCGGGCUCGACAUCUCUAGCCAUGGGGGCUAUGCGUAUGUGGCCCACCCCGAGGAAAACAAUCCCCGAUUCUACGCAGAUUACCUGAGAUUGCAAGAUGGGUCACGUUCUUAGGCUUUGUAUGAUCAUGAUUGGGUGACCACGCAUGGAUUGACGACUCAGAUGAGUUGGAUGCGACUCACUGAGUUGGCUCAGACUCGGUCAAACCCAAUACAGUUCAACACCAUGAGUCACCCCGACUCAGGUGAGUUGUGACUCAACUUGACACCGGAUGAGUCGGUACGAGUCUUAAAUCCAUGUAGCCAUUGUAAUAUUCCUGGUGUGGAAAUAGCCCAACAAAAUUAGCUCCGAAAAUCUGUUUGUAAUUCAUUUGGUGAGGUACCACAUUUUAUAUCCACCUAUCUUUUAUUUCAA